UAUUGCUAUACAUUCGAUAUACGCACUUCAAAUUUGCCGGCUGGUUUCACCGGAACGGGCCGCGGUGUGGCAUUUCUCCCUUUCUCCACUCUUAUUCUUCCUCUUCCUCUUCCUGCUUCCUUCUUUGCCACCACAAACCAACACUCCGUUUCUACCGAUUCCUCCGCCGAAACCCUAACCGUAGCCUCCAUGGAGAGGGUCCCUUCUUCCUCUUCCUCCGACGAUGACGAGGAUCGCCGCACCCUCGUCCCCCAGAACGAGACGAAGCCUCCUCGCCGCCGCUGCGCCCUCGAAGUCGGCAGUGACCUUGCCGCCCGAAUCGGCCGCGCCGCCUCAUCCUCCUCCUCAUCCUCCUCCGGCGGCAGCGGCCUCUGGUACAGCAAGCGCUACCUCCUCCUCGCCAUCUGCCUCCCCCUCGUCCUCAUCCUAGUCUUCUUCUCUCUCGACCUCGGCCGCCUCUUCCGCCGCGUCUCCAUCAUUCCCGUCGGCGGCAUUCCUGCCGGCGGCGGCGCCGAUCGGAUGCGGGAGGCCGAGCUCCGUGCUCUCUACCUCCUCAGAAACCAGCAAUUCGAGCUCCGGAACCUCUGGAACCGCACGCUUCUCAGCGCUCGGUCGCCAUCUUAUACGCCAUACAACAGCUCAGUGUCAGUCCCACUCGAGAAAUUCCGGUUGGCAAUGCUCAAACAAAUCAAGCUCAACAGAGAGAUCCAAGAGGCUCUCCUUUCUUCUCAUCGGUUCGAAAACACGAGAUUGGAUCCUCUAAACAACAAUGUAGGUUUUGAUCCCUCUGUUUUGGAGUUCAAUGUGUGCCAAAAGGUAGAUAAACCGGCAGAAAGAAGGACAAUCGAGUGGAAACCGAAGAAAAACAGAUACUUACUUGCGAUCUGCCUGUCCGGCCAGAUGUCCAACCACUUGAUCUGCUUAGAGAAGCACAUGUUCUUCGCGGCACUUCUUGAUCGAGUUCUGAUAUUGCCGAGCCACGUAGUUGAUUACCAAUAUGAACGAGUUUUGGAUAUCGAUCACAUAAACCGGUGCUUUGGCCGAAACAUUGUUGUCUCAUUUGAGGAGUUUCGGAAAAUGAGUAAGAAGAAGGUGCAUGUAGAUGAGUUCAUAUGUUACAUGGCCUCUCCGCCUUGCUUCUUAGAUGAGGAGCAUAUUAAGAGGUUGAAGAGCUUGGGGAUCUCACUGGGAAAGAUUGAGGCGGCUUGGUCUGAGGAUGUGAAGUUGAAGGAGCAGGAGAAGAGGGUUGCAGAUGAUAUUAGGUCAAAAUUCUCGUCCGAUGUGGAGGUUCUUGCUGUUGGGGAUUUGUUCUAUGCAGAUGUGGAGGAAGAAUGGGUGAUGCAGCCGGGUGGGCCGCUCUCUCAUAAAUGCAACACCGUGAUUCAACCGAGCCGGCUUAUUAUGCUCACGGCACAACGGUUUGUUCAGACUUUCUUGGGGAGUAAAUUUAUAGCCUUGCAUUUUCGGAGGCAUGGGUUCCUGAAGUUUUGGUAAGAGUAAGAAUCUCUAUUGUAUUUGUUUGUUUACUAACUUUAACUUCUUAUUGAUGUAUGCAAGCACUGGAAUUUGAGACUCUAUUGUUGACAGUUGGCCUUAUAAUGCUGGAUUCUAGGAAUAGUAAAAAGCUACGGUCAUUGUGGAAUUAAAAUACUAUGAUUAUUGUACA